AUGGAGUCAUACAGCCCUGAAUGGCAUAGCGAGAGCGAAUUUUACUAUCCUAGUAAUACAGACGAGAACAUUAACACUGAAAACAUUGACAAACAUGAACAUGUCAAUGAAAAGCCGUACAAUGAGCAACAGUUCUUGCUUGAAGUGCGUGAAUUCAUCGAAGGGCAAAGGCCGGACAACACCAAGAAAAAAACAUUCUACGACAUAAAUGUUUGGAAACGGUUCCUAACUUCGGCUGGCGAAGAGCGAAAUAUUGAAGACAUACCUGCAAAGGACCUCAAUGUCCUUAUGUCCCGUUUCUUUAUGGAGAUAAAGAAGAAAGAUGGCGACCAGUACGAGCCGGCGACACUGACUUCAUUUCAUCGAAGUCUACAAAGAUAUCUGAACGACCAUGGCUCGACCCUUAACAUCCUGAAAGAUCAGCAGUUCUCUUUGUCCCGUGAGGCUCUUGCCUCAAGAAGAAGGCAGUUAUUACGUCAUUUUGGCAAAGGAAAUCGCCCAAAGGCCGCUCGUCCCUUGACAGAUGCAGAGGAAGACUUGAUGUUUGAGCGCGGCGAAUUUGGUCAACAAGACCCAGAAGUCCUACAAAGAACCGUCUGGUGGCUCUUGUCGCUCCACUUUGGGUUCCGAGCACGUGAUGAGAGUAGAAAGCUGAAGUGGGGUGAUGUAAAGCUCCAAAUAAAUGGUGAAACAGGCAAUGAAGAAUUAGUGUGGAUCGCGGAGAGAGGAUCAAAAUGUCGCAGUGGUGAAGGACCUGGAAGGCCAUUCUGCCCCACAGCACAAGCCAGCAAUAACACACGCUGUCCUGUCUUCUUUUACAAAGCCUUUCGAAGCCAUCGUCCGACAGAGAUGAAUAAGCCAGAGUCGCCUUUCUAUUUAGCGAUAAAAUACAAACGAAAAGCAAAUGAUCCAGUGUGGUAUGCAAACGCGCCACUUGGAAAGAAUUCCCUCGGAAAGUUCUUGAAGAUAGCGGCGAAAAGAACGGGAUUGCAAGGGAAUGUGACAAACCACGCGGUAAGGAAGACCUCCAUUGGCCGUCUCCUAGAUGCUGAUUUUCCUUCGAACUACGUGGCCCAGCUCAGCGGCCAUAAGAAUCUAAAAAGUCUGGAUUCUUACAAAUCGGCUUCUUUAGAUCACCAGCGCAAAAUGUCUCUCGUCCUGAGUCGCUCAAAGCACGUGCAACACAGCACUAGCACCACGACAAGAGAAGAGAUCGAAGCAUCUACAGCAUCUGCCAGUAAAACCAAAGCCAAUGCUUUGCUUAAUCCACCAGUCACUCCAGAAACAGCAUCUGCCAAGGGCUUGUUUUCUGGUGCAACAAUUGGCAAAAUCGAAGGCUGUUCGUUCACCUUCAAUGUUGUUGAUGGCGCGAACAAAGAAAAAUCUCCAAGAAAACGCCACAUAAUUAUAAGCGACGACUCUGAUUCAGAUUAA